UUCUGGAGUGGCAACACUUUAUUUAAAAGAAAGAUGGCCGAAGACAAGUUGAAAAGAUAUGAGAAAAUCGAAUAUUUGGGCGAAGGGCAGUUUGCUACAGUGUAUAAGGCAAAAGAUGUUAAAACGGGCCGAAUUGUUGCCGUUAAAAAGAUUAAACUUGGGUCUAGGGCAGAAGCUAAGGAUGGAAUAAACAGGACUGCUCUUAGAGAGAUCAAGUUGUUACAGGAAAUUUCUCAUCCCAAUAUAAUUGGUCUGCUCGAUGUAUUUGGACAUAAGUCAAAUGUCUCUCUGGUGUUUGAUUUUAUGGAUACAGAUUUAGAGGUGAUAAUAAAAGAUACAAAUAUAGUUCUAACACCUGCUAACAUUAAAGCUUAUAUAUUGAUGACAUUGCAAGGAUUAGAAUUUCUUCAUAUGAACUGGAUUCUUCAUAGAGAUUUGAAACCAAAUAAUUUACUGAUUAAUGAAAAAGGAAUUUUGAAAUUGGCUGAUUUUGGUUUAGCUAAAUUUUUUGGGUCACCAAAUAGAAUUUACACUCAUCAAGUAGUAACUAGGUGGUACAGAGCUCCUGAAUUGCUAUUCGGAGCUAGAAUAUACGGCACAGGAGUCGACAUAUGGGCAGUUGGAUGCAUCUUAGCUGAACUGCUGUUGAGGACACCAUUCCUACCAGGCGAUACGGACCUAGAUCAAUUAGAUAAAAUAUUUCAAGCUCUAGGUACACCGACGGAGAAAGAUUGGCCCGGCGUGGCCACACUUCCUCACUAUGUCCAGUUCAAGCCUUGCCCAGGAACCGCUCUCAAUAACAUCUUCACGGCGGCGGGCGAUGACCUUCUGCAUCUGCUGUGUAAGAUGCUGGCAUUGAAUCCUCUAGAACGUUGCGACUGCAGCCAGGCCUUGAAGAUGCCCUAUUUUUCCAACGCACCGGCCCCCACUCCAGGCGAGAAUCUGCCCACACCCUCUUCGGGUUUUCAAGAAAAAGAUGUGCCAGCCACACCCACCGUCCUCAAGCGCAAAAUCUCCGAUGGUGAGGCGGGUCCACUUAUUAAAAAAUUAGUCUUUUAAUUGUAAUUUAUUUGUUACUGGCUCGAAACUUUUCUAUUCCGUAUAAAAUCAUCUGUGUAUACAACUGGCCUGGGCCAAAUUGUUACAUUACAAUAUUGUAAAUAAAUAAAAGUUUAGACUUUGUAA